AUGAUUCUGGUGGACUACUAUUCAAAAUAUAUUGACGCCAUAGAACUCAGAUCAGAGACAACUACAGCAAUAAUCGAAGCCAUGAAAACAGUUUUCGCAUGCCAUGGAAUUCCAGGGAAACUCAGGUCUGAAAAUGGACCACAAUUCAGCUCAGCUAACUUCAAAAACUUCUGCACAGAGCUUGGAAUUGAACAUGAAAGAAGCAGCCCCCAUUUUCAAAGCUCGAAUGGCGAGGCUGAAAGAACAAAAGCCGAGCAGAAACUUUACUAUGACAGGAGAAGAAAUGUGAAGGAGUUAUCACCCCUAGACAAUGGAACAACAGUUAGAAUGGAAACGCCUGGUUCUAAGUCCUUAUCCCAAGGAAUAGUCGUAGAGAAAACAGACAAACCAACAUUUUAUCUAGUGAAAAGCAAAGGGAGACUUGGUCGCAGAAAUCGUGUUCACCUCCACAAAUCAAGUGAAAAUCCCCAGGAUGAAGUGGAUGAACAGGACAUGCCCAUGGAAGACAGUGGUCCCAAUGAGUCUACCAUAGAAAAUACUGCUACACCUCAAGACAGCGACAAACCCGCCAAUCACAAAAAUGCACUCCAAACCAGAUCUGGACGUAUCGUUAAACCUCCAGAGAAACUUUUUUGUGUAUUACCUUAA